AUGCUAUUUUGUUGGAAGAUAUUUCUGUUGAACUGUACCAUUGUUUUCCUGCGCUGUGGCAUUAUUCAUUCCGUACCUGUUGUGUGGAACGCUACUUUAGAAAACUGGAUGGAGUUUUACAAAAGAUAUUGUGGUCGUGUUUGUAAAGGAAGGGUCAUUAAACACGUCAGUUCUUUCGACUGUCAGACUCCCUCUUGUUUCAAAUGUGACUGUGAUCCGAACUGCAUCAUUUACGGGACAUGCUGUCCACCGUUUGAUUCCAACAUUGAUAUGGACAUUAACAACAGAAGCUCACUGAAUGAUUCUGAAACAUUUCCAGCGAGAAAACUCCCAUCACAAGAUCGAUUCUUCUGUAGCGCCUUUCCAGGUUCUGAUAAUUACAUGUAUGUGAUAACAGACUGUUCACCGGAUUAUCUACACAUGGCAAAACAAGGACAAACUAAUGCCAGCUUGAAACUCGUGGAUUCAGACAUAGAAACAGAAGACAGUCUCAGUGUGUCCGAGCGGUGUGUACAUUCUAAAACAGAUACUUUUGACGAUGUGACACCGUACAUUGACUUACAGUACGGCAUAACGUUUAAAAAUGCUUUCUGUGCCAUGUGUAACGGUUACGUCAUUGACAAAAAGAUCAACAAAUUGAUUAACUAUAGUAACUCUAUCAAAGGAAGCAGACAAGUGACUGUAGUAGAGGAUUCUACGACACCAGUAGUGGGUACCGUGUCGGCGUGGACACUGUCAGUAUCGUGCCAUCAUUACCAGCAAUUAUUUCACAUUACUUCAGAAUUGGAACUGUUCAGGUCGGCGCUAGAACUAGGCAGAGAACAAUGUGACGUUGCGUACACACAACCUAAGAUCACAGCGCGAGCCAAACAGUGUGAUCCCAAAUUUCACCGGGUCACCCAGGCAACAUGCUCAAGUUCACGGUCCAGCCUCCAAGGUCACUGUCUGGGGCUCAAAUACAAAUUUCUCCGUGUCUCGGGAGGUCCGACGAUCUUUUGCCACAUGUGCAAUGACGGACUUUUGUCUGCCUCUGACUGUAAUAAAUGGACGCCCCUGGGUAGUGGAAUAUUUUACGACUCUAAAAUUUUCACCAGACCUCACCUGUCACUUUUGCUGGGAGCAUCCAGACUUGAGUCUCACGUCACCGACGGUGUCGAUGUCAGCUGCAAACAUUCGAGUGAAUGGCGAUCAGUUGGGGUGAAUAUUAAUGUCGCACUGGCAUAG